GUGUUUCUAUAUCAAAAGAUGAAGAUUGUGAAAAUGAAGAUUGUAAUUCUUGCAUACUAAAAAUUGAAUUUCGAGAAAAUCAAAAUAAGAAAGCUUUAAAAGGUUGCAUUUUAUGUGAUGACGAAAUAGCCGAGUUGUUAGAAAACAAAUUUGCAAAAAAAGGUGUUAAUAAUAGUAGGGGAAGAGGAAGAGGUGGUUAUAGGCGUGGAAAGAGAGGUCUAAGUCGAGGUCGUAGCAGGGGUAGAAGAAAACAUUUAAAAUCUCAAUAG